UGCUGCAAAAUAUUUAAAGUGUGCUAAAGUGUUGACAAGCGUUAGAUACAAUAAUAAACUAAAACUUUUAAACUUUCAAAAGCGCAACCAAAUAUUUAAACAAAAUGCUUGUGGGCUCGCAUCCAUAUUUAUGCAAUGGCGUUUUGCCAGCAGCAGCAGCAAGCGUUGCUACCAACAAUAACAACAACAACACAGCUGCCAAUGCAACAGCAGCAGCAGCAGCAACAACAACAACAACGGCGAGCAACAAAAGUGCCGCCGGCUCCGCAACGGAUUUCUCCAUUGCAGCGAUUAUGGCACGCGAGGAUGCCUCAAGCCGCGAGUCCUCAGUGCGUAGUGCAAGCCCCAUUUCCGUUGAGGAUGAAGUUGACGUUGAUGUGGUCGAUUGCAGUGAUGCCGAGGAUCAGCCACCAAGCAAAGCGCGCCGCCUCAACCACCAUCAUCACCCCCACCAUCAUCAUCAUCAUCAUCAUCACAACAACAACAAUAAUAACAACAACAAUAAUAGUGUUGCACACAUUAAGAGCAGCCGCAGCGGCGGCGGCGCCAACGUUGAACAGCUAAACACAAGCUCAACAAGCAGUCAAGGACGCUGCUCAACGCCGCCCCAAUCGCCCGGCACGGAGGACAGUGAGGAGCGUCUGACACCCGAACCGGUGCAGAAGGCACCCAAAAUUGUUGGCUCAUGUAAUUGUGAUGAUCUCAAGCCGGUCCAAUGCCAUUUGGAGACCAAAGAGUUGUGGGAUCGCUUUCACGAAUUGGGCACCGAAAUGAUAAUCACCAAAACGGGCAGACGCAUGUUUCCCACUGUGCGCGUCUCGUUCUCCGGCCCAUUGCGUCAGAUUCAACCUGCCGAUCGCUAUGCCGUGCUGCUGGACAUUAUUCCAAUGGACUCGAAACGUUAUCGCUAUGCAUAUCAUCGCUCGGCGUGGCUUGUGGCCGGCAAGGCUGAUCCAGCGCCGCCAGCGCGUCUCUACUCCCAUCCAGACAGCCCCUUCAGCUGCGAGGCGCUGCGCAAACAAGUUAUCUCCUUCGAGAAGGUCAAGCUGACUAAUAACGAAAUGGAUAAGAACGGACAGAUUGUGCUCAACUCAAUGCAUCGCUAUCAACCUCGCAUUCAUCUGGUACGCUUGGCUCAUGGCCAGAGCAUUCCCAGCAAUCCCAAGGAGCUGCAGGAGCUGGAUCACAAGACCUAUGUCUUUCCGGAAACGGUCUUCACAGCCGUUACGGCGUAUCAGAAUCAGCUGAUAACCAAAUUGAAAAUCGAUUCGAAUCCGUUUGCCAAGGGCUUUCGUGAUUCAUCGCGUCUGACCGACUUUGAUCGCGAUCCAAUGGAGGCGCUGCUGCUGGAGCAACAGCUGCGCUCGCCGCUGCGUCUGUUCCCGGAUCCGCUGAUGCAACAGUUUGCUGCACAACAGGGUGCCGCCGAUCCUGCUUCGAUGGCGCUGUUCGAGAAGGCGCGUCAGCAUUUGCAAAUGUUUGGCGGCAAUUCGCCGUACGCUCAGCUGAUGAUGCCGCAGAUGUAUCAAGCAGCGCAAGCGGCGCCACCACCACAUGGCCUGGGCGCCUUUCACAUGUUCCAGCAGCAAUGGCCGCAAUUGACCGCCGGCUUCUUGGCCAGCGCCAAUCAGCAAGCGGCCGCUGCACAGGCUGCGGCUCAAGCGCAGGCGCAAGCUCAAGCCGCCGCUGCCGCUGCCAUGGCCGCCAAUCGCACACCCCCGCCGCCACCCACUGCCUCGACGCCCUCGUCCACAUCCUCGGGAUCACCGUCGCCCGAUAUGCGCCCGCGUCAGUAUCAACGCUUUAGUCCGUAUCAGCUGCCAGCGCAGUCAGCGCCGCCGCCGCCGCCGUCGUCAGCAGCUUCGCCCAAUGCAGCGCACGCCUCACGCAGCCCCGCCCACUAGGCCUGCCCACAAAAAGCAACAAAAAAAAACUGCAAACAGUAUUAAUCCAAUUUAAAUGUUGUAAAUUAUUUGUUAACCCCUCGAAACUUUAUCUCUCUAUCUCUUUCUACCGUUCUCUAUCUCUAUCUGCAUAUGUUUGUUGUAAAUUUACGUUUCGUCUCGCUUUGUACAGUUCUCUAGUGAAUUUGUU